CUCAUUUGGCCUCUGGUCUUUCAGGCGCUUAGAUGCGCUGAAAGGUUGUCCGCUGCUCAGCUCUCCUACGUAACUGUUUAAAUUCUAAUUUCGGCUGGUGGACCUUACUUGGCACUUUCUGCUUGCCGGCAAGGUUUCCGUGUCGGACUGAUGUUGCAGUGUUGCGACAGUCGUGGUGCUCUCCCUCUACCUCCUCUGGUUCCCUGUGCCUCAUUGCAUGACCUCAGACGUCACAUCAGUGUAGAUCCACGAGGGGAAACAGCCCCUUCCUCAUCGAGGACACCAUCCUCUAGACUGUAACAUUCGGACACUACAGCGCCAAAACCUUCUCGUCUCAUCUUUCAGCUCAUCACUAGCAGAAGAAGCAGCAGAAAUAUUUCUAUAAAGGAGUUAGACACCUCCACUUGAGUCAGUGGAGGUGUUGAAGAGCUGUGACCAUUCUCUUGAUCCUUCUUCAGUGUUAUCUUUGAAUUUUUUUUCUUCUGGUUUGAUUGAGCCCGGUUCUGCCGGCCGUGUGACUUUUCAAAACUGGGGCGCGAUUCAUGGGAUGCAACCAUGUCGGAUCUCGGUGAGCGCAGGCCGGUCAAUACGGACUACGCUGUCUCCCUGCUGGAGCAGCUCAAGUUUUUUUAUGAACAAAAAUUACUGACUGACGUUGUGCUGCUGGUGGAGGACACUGAGUUCCCAUGUCACAAGAUGGUCCUGGCCACAUGUAGCUCCUAUUUCAGGGCGAUGUUCAUGAGUGGCCUCAGUGAGAGCAAACAGACCCACGUCCACCUGAGGAAUGUGGACCCGGCAACCCUGCAGAUCAUCAUCUCCUACGCCUACACAGGCAACCUGGCCAUUAGCGACAGCACCGUGGAGCCACUCUACGAGACUGCUUGCUUCCUACAGGUGGAGGACGUCUUGUUGCAAUGUCGAGACUAUCUGGUGAAAAAGAUUAAUGCUGAGAACUGUGUCCGCAUGCUGAGCAUCGGUGACCUGUUCAGUUGCAGUGAGCUCAAGCAAAGCGCCAAGCGUAUGGUGGAGCACAAGUUCCCCAUGGUGUAUCGACAGGAGGCCUUCCUUCAGCUCUCCCAUGAGCUGUUGAUAGAUGUCCUGAGCAGCGACAACCUCAACGUGGAGAAAGAAGAGACGGUGAGAGAAGCAGCCAUGUUGUGGUUGGAAUACAACAUGGAGGCACGUUCCCAGCAUCUGUCCUCCGUGCUCAGUCAGAUCCGCAUUGACGCAUUGUCAGAGGUAACGCAGCGUGCAUGGUUUCAAGGCCUGCCACCCAAUGACAAGUCUGUGGUGGUACAGGGCCUGUACAAGUCCAUGCCCAAGUUCUUCAAACCAAGGUUAGGCAUGACCAAGGAGGAAAUGCUUAUCUUUAUGGAGGCCUUGUCAGAGACACACGGUGAGUGUUACGUAAUGUCUGGGUCCUCACCUACCACAGUAGUGUGCUACAGUCCACAGGCAGAGAAAGUCUAUAAGCUCAGCAACCCCCCAGGCGACCUGCAGAAGGUGGGAACCCUUGUCACCCCAGACAACGAUGUAUUCAUCGCUGGUGGGCAGAUCCCUCUCAAUAACUCCAUCACUAACCAUGGCAAGAGUGGCAAGUUACAAGCAGUCUUCCACUCAGUCAACAGCUUCUUCUGGUUUGAUGCCCAGCAAAACGCCUGGGUUCCCAAAACCCCCAUGUUGUGUGCCCGGAUCAAGCCCUCGUUGGUCUACUGUGAGGGUUACAUCUAUGCAAUCGGAGGUGAUAACGUUGGAGGAGAGCUGAACAAGCGCACAGUUGAACGUUAUGACUGCGAGAAGGAUGAGUGGAGUAUGAUGAGCCCUCUGCCCUUUGCCUGGAACUGGAGCACCUCUGUUGUAGCGCACGACUGCAUCUACGUGAUGACGCAUGACCUGAUGUACUGCUACUUCCCCCGAGCCGACACCUGGGUAGAAAUGGCCAUGCGCAAGACCAGCCGCUGUUUCGCUUCUGCAGCUGCCUUUGGUGACCUCAUUUUCUAUAUCGGUGGCCUCCAUGUAGUCAGCAACUCUGGCAUCCGCUUGCCUACAAGCACCAUUGAUGGCUCUUCUGUCACCGUUGAGAUUUAUGAUGUCAAUAAGAAUGAGUGGCGCCUGGCUGCCAAUAUCCCUGCCAAGCGGUAUUCGGACCCAUGUGUGCGAGCAGUGGUGCUGCUCAACUCAUUGUGCAUUUUCAUGCGUGAAACCCACAUGAAUGAGCGUGCCAAGUACGCAAUCUAUCAGUAUGACAUGGAGCUCGAUCGUUGGUUCCUACGACAACCUGUGUCCGAACGUGUGCUCUGGGAUCUGGGCAAGGACUUCCGUUGUGCAGUAGGGAAGCUUUACCCCUCUUGCCUGGAGGAGUCCCCGUGGAAACCUCCAACCUACCUCUUCUCCCCUGAUGGAGCUGAGGAGUUUGAGGUAGAUGGGGAGCUGGUGUCCCUUCCUCAGUACAGUUCAUAACCUCCCCCAGCCCUACCUCGCUGACUGAAUCAGGAAACUGUAAUGCUGAGGGAUAAACAUGAGGGGGGCAGGUGAGUUCUGUGAGAAAUAAAAGGGUUUUGACGUUGUCUGUGUUAUGGAGGGAUCUCUGGACCUUUGAGGCUCACAUUAGCUUCAGCUGUUGCUGAUGAACAGUUGAGCCCAGACAAGCUUGGAGUGAAAAGAUGCCCUUCAAAAAUACUAGUAAUCUGAAAAUUUCUGUUUUUGGUUCCUUUUUUUCUUAUUAUUUUGUCACUUGUGACAUCUGUUAGAUAUUAUUACAAGUCUGUCAUACUGUUUCUACAAUGUGAUAAUCUAAACAUCAACUGAUUUUGUGGUGGUGACGAUGAUGAUAAUGGUGAUGAUGCACUUAACUGGUAAAACUUUUUGGAAUGACAAUGGCAACUGUACCAAAAUCCCCCAGCCCCACCCCCCCGAGAUUGUCGCUUCCCUCUCUUUCCCCACUCACCUCUAGCUCUUCUCUCUCCACUCUUAAAGGAACACUUCAUACAAAAUCUAUCAUUUGAGUCCUUGGUGGCUUUAAGUGGCUUUUAUUCACAGCAGUUGGAAUGGAUUCCAAUGGAGAUACAAAGCAUUGGCAGGUUUGAGGUGACCGUUACACGUGUUAAAUAUGUGCCUGAAAUUUCCCACCACGUGGAAAUGUGCAAAGAUUUUUGGCAUGAAAUAUUGGAUGAUUCAUCUCUGAGCUAUUAGCUUAUUAAAAAAAGAAGAAUUGUUUUCAUUUCCCAACCCCUGAGCUGUACUGUAACCUUCCUAUCAUCUGAGUUUUGGUCCUUCAAGGUGGUUAUGAUUCAGUAGAAUUUUCCAGAAGUUUUGGCAUCAGCAUCACUAACCUGUCUCCACCACAGCUAAGCCAGUGACCAACAAACACCAAAAUUUGACAGUUAUUCUUACUAUUUUCUGAUGAGUGAUAAAUUAAAGCAUAUACUGUGGUAUGGUGUCGCCAGAGUAGCUUCAGUGCUCCUUGGUGUCGGUUCUGCUGUUGGUGAGCUCUGUUGAAGGGAUGAACACCAUUCUUCUAAAAGAUGAUUGAAAUUGAAAGUACUGUGCACUUUGGUCCAAACCUUCCAGAUGUUGAGUUAGCUGGAGAUAGGGUGACAGUGAAGGCCAUAGCAUAUGGUUCACAUCAUUUUCAUGAAAACAUUGAGCCCUCUGCUCUGUUGAAGAAUUAAAGGUCAUUCUAUAAGAGUCUUUCAUUUGUUAUCAGUCUGCAUCUCAUUACUUUGUCCAAUCGUCGACACAUUCUCAGUAAAAAAAAAAAAAGGGAAACGAGGUUGAUUUAUGAAAAAAAUAAUUAUUAUUGAUUUUAACUAAAUCUCUUCCAUAAAUGUUGACCCUUCCUCUCAAUAGAGCUAUGAGGUGAACAAGGCCAUAAUUCUUGGAAAUAAUUGUGUAAAACUAUUAGCAUAAUGCCCACAACCAUCUCUACAACAAUCAAGCCAGCAGGUAAUGAAUGAAUGCCAAAAUAUGUUUCUGAAACUUUCUCAUAAGUGGAAAUGUGAGCCAACAGUAUACAGUUGCAGUUAAAUAUUUUUCACAUUGUAGGUCGGCCUGCUUGAUGAAUUUGAUAAUUUCACAUAAAGUUUAUUAUAAUAGCCCUAAUCAAGGUUUUGUAGAGAAAUGUAUAAAAUAAUUCACUGAUGGGUAGUUAGUGUUUCACUAAAUCUCAUUGUCUGUGCUGUGUCAGUGAAGCUUUGGUGCUUCAGGAUGAAAUUAUUAGUAAUUAUUAGAAUUUUCCAUCAGUAUUAGCAGGGUUUGUGACUCACCUCCCAUGUGUCAAAAACAACUGAAGCACCGGUUAAUGAAAGCUGAAAUAUCUGCACAAAAAACACAAACUUCCUAGUGAAAUUUAUGGGCUGAGAUAAAAGAUCUGUCUAUAAAUCUACUGAUGUCAUUAAAAAGUCUAGAGAAGUAUUGAAAUGAUUGAUUGACUGCUGAGAAAUGUACGGAUGUUCAGUAAAAAGUGCGUUUGAACAUAAAAAAAAAGAAGCUCACAUUCUCUUGACAAAUAAAUGAAAAUGAGAAUGAGUCAUGAUGAUGCACAUUGGAAUCCAUUGGAGCUGUUCAGAGCCACCUUAAAGCCAGCAGGAGCAGAAUGUGACGUGUCAAAAGACUGAUUUCUUAAAACGGGACCCAUCAGUAUCUUCAAAAGGCCCUGCAGAUAAGAGGACCAGGGGCCGUGGUUUCAGGAGGGGGUGGGAGUGGGUAGGAGGGCUGACAGGGAAACACGGCGAGAGGUGGAGAGGGUUUAAAGAGGGUGACUGCAGGUCCGGUCAUUCAUCAGCUCUCCGUCCUCGCCGCUCUGUCCUCCACCUUUAACUCCACUUCAGCGCCUCCACAGCCUGUCGUCGUCUGUUUGCACACAGGUCUUCCACACAACCAGCAGUUUACACCUCACUCUGUCUCUAUCCAUCAGCACAUGACCAUGGUAGUUUUCAUUUUCCACAGGGUCUCUGCAAAUACAACUCCACUCUCAGUAGGGUUCAGGCUCAUGCAUGUUUUUAUUUCCAAGCUGCUGAAAUAUAUAUAUAAUAAAAUAUAUAUUUUUCAUAUGUUUAAAAGACAACUGUUUUAGUGUGGGGAAAAUAACCAGGUCUAUUUUGUAUUAGUGUCUUUUUUUAAUUUAAUAUCAGACAUUACUGUAGUGUGAUUGUGGGUAGAUAUCCAUUUCCUAUCAGAUUUAAUUUUUCUGAGUGAAUAUUGAGGAAUCUUGCUGCUGAUUGGUUGUGAGAGGAGAGGGCUGGCCCAAGGCUGUUGCUAUGGAAAUUGUCCCAGCAACCACUAGCAGUAGUGGAGAGGGCGGGUUGGGGAGGGAUGGGGUCUUCCUCCUACCUUAAAAAACAUGAGCACAGGUGCUUCAUGACAAACUUUACUAGCAUGUUUGGCUGCAUCAUAUUCCUUUGGCACUGUAUUUUGAAUGAACGUUAAUUUAUUAAAAAACAUACCAAAAAACGUU